AUGGGUCGCAUGCACAGUAAAGGAAAGGGAAUGAGCUCCUCUGCUCUUCCCUACUCGCGCACACCUCCAUCGUGGUGCAAGGCAGACGCAUCCGAGGUCUCAGAGCAAAUCUUCAAGUUUGCCCGCAAGGGUAUGACUCCCUCGCAGAUCGGUGUUGUCCUCCGUGACUCCCACGGUGUGCCUCAGGUCCGUUUCGUGACGGGAAACAAGAUUCUCCGUAUCCUCAAGUCAAACGGUCUCGCACCAGACAUCCCAGAAGAUCUCUACCACCUCGUCAAGAAGGCCGUCCAGGUCCGCAAGCACCUCGAGCGUAACCGCAAGGACAAGGACUCCAAGUUCCGUCUUAUUCUCAUCGAGUCGCGUAUCCACCGUCUCGCACGUUACUACCGUCGCGUCUCUGUCCUUCCUCCCACCUGGAAGUACGAGUCCGCUACGGCAUCCACUCUUAUUGCUUAAGAUGUGUUCACUGAGCGAGCUGCUCGUCACGACCUCUUUCUUCAUAGCAAUACACAUGCAUUUUUGAAAAUCUACAUCGUUGUCUUGAC